UUACAGAUAUUCGAAACAAGUGGAUCGCUAGUGAUGUUUAGCCCGGUGCUUUUGCGUUUGGAAAAGUUUAAAAAGCAUCGUUAGUCAUGAGUUUAGACACUCUCGAUACCAAUUCCGGCAGCCCAUACUCCCAUGGAAAGCACUGGCGUCGACUGGAACAGUUCCCUGGUGAGCUGCAGGGUCGCCUGGCUCGACCGUUAAGCAUCGUAAACUACAAUCGGCAGGAGUCGUUCGACGUAUUCAAUGCACCCGGCAGUCCCUAUCACAUCCGCAAGCCCAUUCCAGCAUUAGAGAAAAGUAGACUGUGGGUAGAACAUCAACGAAAACAUCAACAACGCCAGCAUGACGAUGACGAAUGGAAGAGCAGCCAAGAGUCUGGAUUGAAUUUGAACCGAGGCGGACUCAGUGACGACGAUGACGAUGAUAAUCGCCAUGGAAGAAGUCAAAAACGAGUGCGGCAACAUCAUGGUUCUAAUCAAAGCGUCAACGAGAGCCGCCUUUAUGAAGACCCGGAAGAUCGCAUCCACCAUCAUCAGCUCCAGCAGCAGGAGCAAUCGAAUUUUCCCAUCAUUCUACAGAGUGUUCGAAGGAUGAAACAUUUGCGCCAGAGGCUCCGGCGGUUUCCCGAACAUCACGGAACACGUGCCAUCCGAUCGUCACGCGUUAUCAACAAAGCUGGCGAAAGAAAUGUGCAGUUCCUAAAUCUGCCGCAAAAGUCGGUUCGGUUCGUGAAGGACCUGGUCACAACGUUGGUGGAGGAACAGUGGCGCUACACGCUGACCGCCUUCACGUUGAGCUUCUUCGGUAGUUGGAUUCUGUUCGCCAUCCUCUGGUAUCUGGUAGCGUACGCGCACGGUGACCUAGACUUUGACCCAGAGACCGGGGAACGGCUUGGUGAUGGUGCGCAACCCUGUGUCGACGGGGCAACAACAUUCGCUGGAUUUUUGCUGUUCAGCAUUGAAACCCAGGUAUCUACCGGAUAUGGUGCCAAAGUUCCCACGGAAGAAUGCGCCGAAGCAUUAUUUCUGUUGAUAGUACAAAUUAUAGUUGGCUUGGUGAUAGACGCCUCCAUGGUGGGUAUUGUUUAUGCCAAGAUGGUCCGGCCACCGAAAAAGAUCUCAGAUAUGAAAUUUAGCAAGAAGGCUGUCAUAUGUCAACGGGAUGGCAAGUUAUGCUUCGUUUUUCGAUUGUGCGACGUACAGCAGCAACAUGGCAUCGAAACCAAAGUUAAAGCAGUCAUGCUGGAGCAACGCCGAUCACUGGAAGGAGAGGUGAUCGAAAAGAACGAAUCCUACAUGAACCUGGAAAAUGACGGUCGCAUACUGCUCAUGUGGCCGGUAACGAUUUGUCACCUUAUAGACCACGAGAGUCCACUGUUCGACGUCUCGGCAAAAGAUCUGCUGGAAAAAAAGUUUGAAAUUAUCAUAACACUUACCGGUGGCACAAAGACAACCGGACAGGUUACGGAAGCGAGAACUUCGUACCUGCCCGGAGAGAUCUGGUGGGGCCAUCGGUUUCAGAAUAUUAUUCUGUACGAUAGAGCCCACGAGCAUUACGUGGCGCACAAUGAGCAUGUGGAUGCGAUCGAACAGGUGGAUACUCCGCUGUGCAGUGCUCGAAGGCUGGAGGAGGUGUUCCAAGAGGUGACACAAUUUAUGGAGCAUGAUCGUGAGAGAGAAUUCGAUGGGGUCGAGAGCAAGUCCGAACAGGCCGGACAGCAAGAUGAGGACAGCGAUUCUGAUGGGGGCCUUCAAAUGGAACAGCUGAAGGAAUCUUGCCAGUUGCCCAAGGAUGAAAACAACUCGAAUCAACCAAAGCGUGUAGAAAUUCCGGUUAAAAAUUAAAUAUAAUAAUGAAGUUUCUCAUAUUUGCUAUAUAAUAAUAAAUAGUAUUUAACUUAAAA